AUGAAUGGUGGCGGUGGAAUAGUCAAUGUCCCUGUCAAGGAAAUCCCACGAACACUUAAACAACGUAAAAAGAAUUGGAAAUGUAAUUAUCCUGGAUGUAAUGAAACACCUAAAACAAGAUAUAAUUGUUAUGCACAUCUUUGGGAUUUACAUCUUAAACAAAUUGUUGCAGAAGAAGGAAAUAAUCCAGAUAAUAUAUUAAUAACUUCAUUUAAAAAUUCUAAUGAAAAAGAUAAAAUAAAAAAAAUUUGUGAAAGAUAUAUGAUUAAAUUAGUUGAUAAAACACAAGGAAGACAAACAUAUCCAUUUGCAUUUACAGAAACACUUGCACCAAUUAUUGGAGUUGCAUUAAAUCAACUUCAAAAUAAAGAAAAAAUGAAUAAAGAAAAAAAAGAAGAUAAAAAAGAAUUUUUAAGAUAUAAAGAAAUAAAUAAAACAGAUAGUGAAACAACAGAAAAUAUAUUAAAUAAUAGUCAAGAAUAUCAAAUAAUAGAAGAAAAAAAUAAAGAAGAAUAUCAAAUAAAUGAAUUAUUAAAAAUUAAAAGAAUUAGAAAUAAAGUACAACAAUUAUAUAUGUUAGGAGAAAUUUUUUCAAAUGAAGGAUUUCUUGUAAGAUCAGAUAAAAGAAAUAAAAAAGAAAUUGAAAAAAUUAAUAAUGCAUUAUAUGGAAUAAAACAUUUAUAUGGUAGAGAAUUUAAAUAUUUAACAGAUUUAGAAAAUAAAACACCAAGAUAUGGAUUUAUUGCACAAGAAGUUAAAAAAAUUUAUCCAGAAUUAGUAGAAAUAGAUGAAGAAGGAGGACUUACAGUAGAUUAUCUUGGAAUAAUUCCUAUUAUGGUAGAAGCAUUAAAAGAAAUUGAAAAAGAAAAUGAAAAAUUAAAAAAAAAUAAAAUUAUAGAAAUUGAAAAUCUUAAUUUAAUAAUAAAAAAAACAAUUAAAGAAUUAAUUACAAUUGAAAAAGAAUUUAAAGAACAAAAAAAUAAAAUAUUAAAACCAAUUUAUAAAAAAGAAAAAAAAUCAACAAUUAGUCAUUGUUUUGGACCAACAUAUUUUAUUAUUUUUAUGUCAAUUUUAUUUUCUAUUAGUUCAAUUAUUGUUCCACUUAUAAGUUCUGUUUAUUUGAUUGAAAUAAUACUUAUAUUUAUUACUUGUAUUUUAUGGAUAUUUGUUAUUAUUAAUAAUUCAGAAGUAAAAGAACUUAUAAUUAAAAAAGAAAGUUUAAAAGAAAUAUUUAAACAAAAUAAUUGGUGGAGUAUAUUACAAUUUAUAAUAUGGUCUAUAAUAAUAACUUUAAUUAUAUCUUCAAUAAUUAUAACUUUAAUUAUAGGAAUAAUGGGAAUUUUAAUAUCUAUUCUUUAUAUUAUUUCUUUUAUUAGUUUAUUAACAAUACUUUUACUUAUAUAUUUUAAUUGUUCUCAUAUUUUUUAUAGAAAUUUAUUUAUUUCUAUUGUUUUUUCUUCUUUUCAUAUUAUUACUUUUAUUGCUUUAAUAUUAUUUAUUAGUCUUCAACCUUUUUAUUAUUUUGAAUUAACUCAUUAUAAUAUAUUAACAUCAAUUCAAACAAAUGUAAAUCAAACUAUUAUUCCAAUCCCUUUACCUUCUUUACCAUGGAAUUGUUAUAAUCCAACAUUUAUUUAUUCAAUUCCUUUACCAAAUGAAUUAGAAUUAGAAAUUGAAUCAAAAUAUAUUAAUCGAAUAACACCAUAUCUUCAAGGUAAAGUUACACAAAAAACUAAUUAUAUUGGAUUAAUUAAAGUACAAUGUGGAAUUACAAAGAUAGAUUAUACAACAAUACAUCUAAAUGCUUAUUAA